AUGCGCCGUGUGGCCUCUGCGCUGGCCGCGUCGGCGGUGGAAGCCUUCAUCGAGGACAACGGUCUGGAGGACGAGAAGGCCGCCAAGGCGCUGCGGGAGGUGGCGCCGGCCAUCCAGCGCUACGUGCUCGACCUGGGCAGCCUCGACGGGUGCCGAAGCAGGUCUGCCGGCUGCCUUGGGCGGAUUCACAAGGCGCAGACGCAGGGCGUCUCCACCGCCCCGCCGCUGGCCAGCAGCGGGGCCGCCCUGGUGGAGCCGGAGGAGGUGCUGACCUUCUGCGAGGCGAACGAGCUGAACGAGAGG